AUGCCCUUAGAUAAGUUUGAUGGAUUCAAGUUGGCAGGGCCUGAUGAAAUUCACACUAGGGUACUUACGGAACUAGCUGAAUCAGUCAUGGAACCUUUAGCAAUUAUCGCGGAGAACUUCUGGAGGAUGGGGUUUGCAGCUUCCAAACCUGAUGUGAUCACCCAUCUGGAACGAGGGGACGAGCCGUGGCUUCUAGAGCUCCAGGGCUCUGAGGAAAGAGAGAUCCUGGGAGUCACCUGCCAAAGUGGCAAGAUGGUGAGUGAGAAAGAGGAGCAGAAUCCUCAGCACGAAGCGGCUGAGCAAAUGCCACGACGUGCGGCCAGAUCCCAAGGGAAUGUGUCCUGGAAUCAUGAGCAGGAGAAAGCCGGUGAGCAUCAGUGCAAGUCAGAGAAGGGGCAGGAAAACCAGUCAAGGGAGAAAGUUGGUAAAUCUAUUAAUUAUCAGGGAACUCAGAAGGGUCUCAAGGAAACCAAAGCCCAGCAGAGCAUCCCGGCGGGAGAGAGAAAUAACACAUGCUCUGAGUGUGGGAAAAACUUCCACAGCCACUCACACCUUAUUAGACAUGAGAGAAUCCAUAGCGGAGAGAGACCCUACGAAUGCUGUGAGUGUGGGAAAAGCUUCACUCAGCGCGCGCACCUUCUUACACAUCGGAGACUCCACACAGAAGAGAGCCCCUAUGAAUGCCAUCAGUGCGGAAAAAGCUUCAAGGAGAGAUCAAACCUUCUUACACAUCAAAGAAUCCACACAGGGGAGAGACCCUACGAAUGCUGUGAGUGCGGGAAAAACUUCAGUCAUCGCUCAGCCCUCGUUGUACAUCAGAGGAUCCAUACAGGAGAGAGACCCUACAGAUGCUGUGACUGCGAGAAAAACUUCAGUUCCCAGUCAGACCUUAUUAAACAUCAUAGAAUCCACACUGGAGAGAAACCCUAUGAGUGCAGUGAGUGUGGGGAAAACUUCACCCAGAGUUCUGCCCUUAUUACACAUCAGAGGAUCCACACAGGGGAGAGACCCUAUGCAUGCUGUGAGUGCGGGAAAACCUUCAGUCAUAGCUCUGCCCUUGUUACCCAUCAAAGGAUCCAUACAGGAGAAAGACCUUACAGAUGCUGUGACUGCGGGAAAAACUUCAUUUACUGCUCAGACCUUAUUAAACAUCAGAGGAUCCACACAGGGGAGAGACCCUAUGAAUGUUGCGAGUGUGGGAAAACCUUCACUCUGAGCUCACACCUUAUUGCACAUCAGAGGAUCCACACAGGGGAGAGACCCUAUGCGUGCUGUGAAUGUGGAAAAACCUUCAGUCAGAGCUCACACCUUAUUAAACAUCAAAGGAUCCACACAAGAGAGAGACCCUAUGCGUGUCUGGAGUGUGGGAAAGUCUUCGGCCGGAAAUCACAUCUCAUUAGACACCAGAGAACUCACCGGCGAGAGAAGCCGACCAUUUGUAAUGAGUGCGGGAAGAGCUUCAGCCGCAGCUCAACCCUCAUUGAGCACCAGAGAACCCACACGGGCGAGAAGCCCUACAAAUGCACUGAGUGUGGGAAGAGCUUCAGCCAGAGCUCCCACCUCAUCACGCACCAGAGGAUCCACACAGGCGAAAAGCCCUACCAGUGCACUAUAUGCGGGAAGCGCUUCCACCAGAACUCGCAUCUCCUGACCCACCAGAGAACCCACACGGGUGAGAAGCCCUACCAGUGUACCCAGUGCUGGGAGCGCUUCAGCCGCAGCUACACCCUGACCCGACAUCAGCGGAGCCACACGGGGGAGCGGCCCUAUCAGUGCCCUGACUGUGGCAAAUGCUUCAGCCUCAACUCCACCCUCCUCAGCCACCAGAGAACACACACGGGCGAGAAGCCCUACAAAUGCUCUAAGUGCGGUAAGAGCUUCACACGGAGCUCCACGCUCGUCCACCAUCAGAGAAUCCACACAGGGGAAAAACCCUAUGAAUGCUGUGAGUGUGGGAAAACCUUCACUGAGCGCUCAACCCUUAUUAAACAUCAAAGGAUCCACACAGGGGAGAAACCCUACGAAUGCUGCGAGUGUGGGCAAACCUUCACUGAGCGCUCAACGCUUAUUCAACAUCAGAGGAUCCACACAGGGGAGAAACCCUAUGAAUGCUGUAAGUGUGGGAAGACCUUUGCUCGGAGCUCACACCUUAUUAGGCAUCACAGAAUCCACACACAGGAGAAACCCUAUGAAUGCUGUGAGUGCGGGAAAACAUUCACUGAGUGCUCAUCCCUUAUUCAGCAUCAGAGGAUCCACACAGGGGAGAAACCCUAUAAAUGCUGUGAGUGUGGGAAAACGUUUGCGCGGAGCUCACAUCUUAAUAGGCAUCAGAGAAUCCACACAGGGGAGAAACCCUACGAGUGCUGUCAGUGCGGGAAAACCUUCACUCGGAGCUCACACCUUAUUAGGCACCACAGAAUUCACACAGGGGAGAAACCCUAUGAAUGCUGUGAGUGCGGGAAAACCUUCACUCAAGACUCAUCCCUGAUUAAACAUCAGAGAAUCCACACAGGGGAGAAACCCUAUGAAUGCUGGGAGUGCAAGAAAACAUUCGUUCGGCGCUCACACCUUAAUAAACAUCAGAGGAUCCACACCAGGGAGGAACUCUAUUAAUGUUUCGAAUGUGGGGAAUUCUUCCAUCAGAGCUCAGCCCUUAUUACUCCCGAUCUGCCCAAGCAGCUGGCCCAGCACAGGCCCACCUUCCUCAAUGCCAGCAGCUUCAAAUUCUGGAGGGAAGUGUGGCAGAAGCACAGGACCUGCGCUGGGUGCGUGGAAGCCUUGAGCUCCCCCAGCAAGUGCUUCGGGGCAGCCCUCGCCCUGCGCACCAUGUACAUCAACGGGGGCCUGCAGGCGACAGCUGUGGGGCAGAGUAGGGGACACUGGGGAUUCUGGGCCCGCCAGGUCCUGGUGCAGCUCAAGGUCUCUCUCUUCAGCAACUUCUCUGCUGGGUGCCUGGAGGAGGGAACCAGGGAUUUCUCCCUCUAUCGGCUCUGCGAAAACCAGAGACGCAUCUUCUACUUCCCUCCAAACCAGAAGAACCCACGGGACCCCUGCCCCUGCUGCCCCCGCUCCCUAAAUACCUUCCUCCUCUUCUAG